GCAUUGCGACAACUCACAACUGAAUGCUCGUCGAACAAAAUUAAUUCUCUUUUUUACGAUUACGGUAUAAUGGCAUUUUUUGAAACUUUUGCAUUUUUCUGAAUGGUUUGAAACAAAACUAAACGAUUUCCCCGGAUUAUGGUUAAGUGCAUAAUAUGUGAUCCGUUUACGCUUUCUCGUCGGGCAUCGUUGCGAUAGGAAGAGGGUAUAUGUGUUUUGAAGAAUUUUGGUUGUUGGUUGGAAUCAGCGUCCCACAAGUUUAUUUGUGAAAUGGGCAACCUUUUCGGAAAAUCCAAAUCGGAGUCGCGAGUUACGGAACACGACAAGGCUGUCCUGCAACUGAAGGUCCAGCGAGAUAAAGUGCGGCAGUAUCAGAGACGAAUCGAAAUUACGAUGGAAAAGGAGCGCCAGUUAGCCAAACGACUAAUUCAGGAUGGAAAACGAGAUCGAGCAAAAUUAAUGCUACGGAAAAAGCGAUUUGAAGAGUCAAUGCUUGCCAAAGUGGAGCAACAACUAGAAAAUUUGGACCAGUUGUUGAUGAAUUUGGAGUUUACACAAAUUGAGCAGCAAGUAAUCCAUGGUCUCAAAGUUGGCAACGACUGCUUAAAGAAGCUGCACGAGACGUUUAGACUCGAAGAUGUGGAAAAAAUACUGGACGAGUCUAGGGCAGGCGUAGAAUACCAACAGGAAAUUGAUUCUUUAUUAAGCGGUUCAAUAUCAGCGGAAGAUGACGAAGCAGUGGAAGAAGAAUUCGAGCAGCUUUUUGCGAAUCAGUUACCAGAUGUGCCUCAAGACAUUCCUGUGUCUCAGGAAAUUGGAGAUGCGCGACGAGAUAAAGUUCCAGCUAGAGCCCAACGUACCCGAGAAGCUUUGCCCGCCAGUUAGAGGAGGAUUGGAUCUGUGAUUUUAUUUCUGUUUUGUAAAUCGUAUGUUGUUUGUCUUUCUGAGUUGCGCAUUCGGUUGAUUCUUGUCAUUACGCUAUACUAGCUGCUAGUUUUUUCAGAGUUUCGAAGUGCAGAUUUUAAUGGGGUUGAAUUUAUCUGAGUUUCGAUAGGUCGAUAGGUAAUAAUAAAAGCGGCGCAAACA